CUGGGGAUUGACCCCCCCCCAAACCCCCCCGCCGCUGUCAAAGUGGAUCCCGGGCUCUGCGCUGCAAUGGAGAGACGGGAAGCGGAGCGGCCGGCGCGCGGGAAGGAGGAGGCAGAGGAGGCGGCGGCGGCGGAGAAGGAGGAGGAGGAGGAGCGGGGCGAAGAAGAAGGAGGAAAAGCGGCCGAGUGAGAAGCGGGGCCGUCCCGGCCGGCCAGACACCGAAGCGCCGCCGCCGUCGCCUUGGAGUCCGUGUGUGCGCGCUCCUGUCCGCCCGCUCGCCCCGCGUCAGCCAUGCCCUCCACGGCGCGCUGCAGCUGAUCCGAGGCGCGCAGGCCGGUGCCCUUCGGGCGCCUGCCUCCCUCCCUGCCUGCCUGCCUCUGCCUCCUGCUGCAGCCUGGCGGGGGAGGCUGAGCGCCGGCUUCGGCUCGCCGCCUGCGCCUCUCUCCGGUCCCGCAGCCGCGGCCAUGCCGGCUUUCCCCUUCUAAAGAUGGCGGUGGGGAAUCGCUGCAUCCUUUAGACUCAUGACUGUCAGAAACAUCGCCUCCAUUUGUAAUAUGGGCACCAAUGCCUCUGCUCUGGAAAAAGACAUUGGACCAGAGCAAUUUCCACUUAACGAACACUACUUUGGGCUGGUCAACUUUGGCAACACAUGCUACUGUAACUCAGUCCUGCAAGCCCUGUACUUCUGUCGGCCGUUUCGGGAAAAUGUGCUGGCGUAUAAGGCCCAGCAGAAAAAAAAAGAAAACCUCUUGACUUGUCUAGCAGACCUUUUCCACAGCAUUGCUACACAGAAGAAGAAAGUUGGGGUGAUUCCUCCCAAAAAAUUCAUCUCAAGGCUACGGAAGGAGAACGAUCUUUUUGACAACUACAUGCAGCAGGAUGCUCACGAAUUUUUGAAUUACUUACUAAACACUGUUGCCGACAUUCUACAAGAGGAGAAGAAGCAGGAAAAGCAAAAUGGCAAAUUGAAAAAUGGAAACGUGAACGAAGCAGAAGAGAACAGCAAACAGGAGCUGACCUGGGUGCAUGAGAUAUUUCAGGGAACCUUGACCAAUGAAACAAGAUGUCUGAACUGUGAAACUGUUAGCAGCAAAGAUGAAGAUUUCCUUGAUCUGUCUGUUGAUGUAGAACAGAAUACAUCCAUAACUCACUGUUUAAGAGACUUUAGCAAUACCGAAACGUUGUGUAGCGAACAGAAAUACUACUGUGAGACCUGCUGCAGCAAACAGGAGGCUCAGAAACGGAUGAGGGUUAAGAAGCUGCCGAUGAUCCUCGCCUUGCACCUGAAGCGGUUCAAGUACAUGGAGCAGCUACACCGAUACACCAAGCUCUCUUACCGAGUGGUGUUCCCCCUUGAGCUGCGACUCUUCAACACAUCGGGGGAGGCCAUCAACCUGGACCGUAUGUAUGACUUGGUGGCUGUUGUCGUUCACUGUGGCAGUGGCCCUAACCGUGGACACUAUAUCACCAUUGUGAAAAGUCAUGGCUUCUGGCUGUUGUUUGAUGAUGAUAUUGUAGAGAAAAUUGAUGCACAAGCUAUUGAAGAAUUCUAUGGCCUUACCUCUGAUAUAUCAAAGAAUUCAGAAUCUGGAUAUAUUUUAUUUUACCAGUCGAGGGAAUGAUUCAGGAAGACUGUGACUUUUUUUUUUCCAUACUAGAGUGGAUCCUGACCAACACUGUUAAAUGACUACUCUGUAGACCUGACCAAUACAGCCCAUGCAGGAUCAUUGCUUACUCAUGGACUAAAACUCCUAACUUAUGUCUAGAAGCUUCUCCCAUCUUAAGUCAUCGAGAAAAAGAACAAAUGUAUAGAGACUCAUAUUCAUCAGAUGAAUCCACUGAACUGAGGUAUAAUGUGGAAUAGAUGCUUGCAUCGCCACUAAGGACCAUUUCCACACCCAUGUCUGAACUUCCAUUCCUUUUCAGCAGUGAUUUUUCAGACUGUUCUAUGUGGAGUUAAUUGAAUUUCUUAAAAGAUUCACGAGUGUUUUCAGAUCACUCCAAAUGAGAGCAAUCUAUAAGGUAUCGACUAAGGGGGGGUCUACGACAAUUUGCUGCAGCCAGCUCGCCCCAGCCAAUUUGCCGUGGGACAAGAGAUGCACUCAUAUCAAAGAAAUAGAAAUAAAAUCAUUAAAGGAUGCUAAAGGUGGGACAAAACGAAAUGUGAAUGACAAAACUUAACCUAGUUUUAAAUGAUUUAAUUCUUCAGAUUAAAUUGAAUCGUCCCACAUGUCUAUGGAGGUUCUCAGUCCAUCCAGGUGGUGGUUGUCCCAAAGGUGCUUUUUUCAAGACUUUGUUUUUCUUUGAAGACAUUUCACUUCUCAUCCAAGAAGCUUCUUCAGCUCUGACUGGAUG